AUGUGCGUAGUGAGCGUGCUCGUGGGCCAUCAUUUCUGCGGCGGCAGCACUGGUGGCGCCCUGGGCGGUGCGGCGAGCAGCAAGGCCCCAUCCGCAGCGCUGUCAGCACGCCUCAAAGGCAGAGCCGACAACGGCAGCGACGCCACCGCGGCCGGCGCAGACGGAGGCGCAGCGACGGAUACGAAAGAGCAGUCUGACGCCUCUGGGGAGGAGGCCGUGCGGGCGCUCAACACUGCGCUGCGUCUGAUGGAGAAGGCUGGGGUGGGCCUCAACAUGUCGCAGCUGCUGGACUUCAACCGCGCGCGGGUGGCGCUGUACACUAAAUCAGACGCAUUCAAAAGGCACCGCGCCGAGUUCCGCCGCCGCAUCAUCGAGGAGGGCGCCCCCGCGCGCCGCGGCAUCGUCAUCGCUGCCGGCGGCACCAACAACUUUGCGAACGCGGCCGUCACGCUGCGCGUGCUGCGGCGCACCCUCAACUGCUCGCUGCCCGUCGAGAUCGUGCACUUUGGGCCCAAGGAGCGCGACGAGAAGUUGGUGGCCAUGAUGCAGAGUGAAUCGGGGUCUGGGCCAGUGUACAUCACCGACGGGCUCGACCCCAAGAUCGCGGCGCGCGUCGGCGCGCACCACCGGAAAGUGGCGCCCGAGUCGUUCGCGUCCAAGGUCUACGCGCUCGCGUUCGUGCUGCUGCUUGACGCUGACAACCUGCCCCUGGCCUGCCCCGAUUAUCUGUUCAGCACGACCGAGUUCCAAGAGCAUGGCAGCCUCUUCUGGCCAGACUGGUGGCACAACGCGUGGGUCAACCCGUCCAUCUACUCGCGUUUCGGCAUGCCCAAGGCGCCCUGGGACGGCAACCCUUCGCACCGCCUGGCAGAGUCGGGGCAGCUGAUGCUCGAUCGGGUGCGGCAUUUUGAUGUCCUGCAGUGGAUCUGGCUGCUCAACAGCCACACAGAGGUGGUCUACAAGGCAAUGCAUGGGGACAAGGUGCGGCCGGGUGGAGCGGAUCGGGUGGUGUGUGCGUGA